AGCAGCUCACAAGACCUGCAAAAAGUCGCAGAGCUCGCCAUUUGCAACACCGCGGCAUUUCUGAGACGUGCCACUAUAGCUUUGAAGUCCUGGACAGCUCGCUGGAAUCGCUGCGCCAUCGUGUGCACAACGAGCACGCUGCACCUCAGCUAGACGCCACCGCCGCCAUGCUAGCGCACAAAGUAGCAGUCGUCACCGGCGCCGGCCGCGGCAUCGGUCUGUCAAUAGCCAAACUGCUCGCCAGGCAGGGCGCUUCCAUUGUAGUCAACGACCUCGACGCGGGUAUCGCGGAGCAGGCCGCCGCAUCCGUGAGGCAAGACGGCGCCGAAGCUAUAAGUGUACCAGGCUCGGUCGCCGACGACGGCUUUGGCGAGCGUCUCGCGCAAGAAACGUCAGAUAAAUUCGGCCGCGCGGACAUCCUCGUGAACAACGCUGGUAUGUUAUGGGACGGCAUGCUCCACACGAUGGACGACGCCCAGUGGCAGAAAGUAUUAGAUGUUCAUGCCACAGCUCCAUUUAGAAUUAUUAGAGCGUUUGCGCCGUUGUUGAGGGACGCGGGGAAGGCGGAGGUGCUCGACGGUACUACAGUACAAGAUAGAAGCAUAAUAAACGUCUCCUCGACGUCGGGCCUCCACGGCAAUCUGGGCCAGGCGAAUUAUGCGUUGGCCAAGGCCGGCGUGCUCGGCCUCACGAAAACCGUCGCCAAGGAGUGGGGGCCCUUCGGCGUACGAUGUAAUAGUGUAGCCUUUGGCAUGGUCGACACGCGGAUGACGCAAUCAAAUGAUGGAGAUGAUUCUGAAGCGGACGACGACGCGCCGCCGCAAGGCUUGCCGCCCGACGUCGCGGCGAUGUGGUCCUCGCCGAAAAUGCUCAAGAUGGCCGUGCCUCUACAAAGAAAAGGCACGCCGGACGAGGCUGCUGGGGCUGUUUUGAUGCUGGCCUCGCCCUAUGCUUCUUAUAUCACGGGCGCUACUUUGGAAUGUACGGGCGGCAUGGGGAUUUGAGGGCGCGGCGGCGGCGUCGACGGUGCGCGUCCGCGGCGACGGCGUGAUGGCGACGGUGUGCCUCCGCUGCGAUGGCGUGGAGCGAACGCCGCCGUCGACGUGUGAAGGCGACGGCACCGCGCCUAGGAUGGUAUGAAGCGAACGCCAUCGACGCGCCGCCGCCGCGCGCGGGGAGACGCACCUAAGUCUAGUGUUGUGGUAGGGUACAGAUACUACUCGAAACAGGGAGGGACUCCAAG